AUGGCGUUCGUCCUUACUCCACGCUUCGCACCCGCCUACCAGGCACCACAGUGCAACCCCUUCGGCUACUGUGCCCCAGUAUCACGACCAUCGCACGGCUACCGCGUCUCUCGCCCUCAACCUCGCCGCCCACAGUACUCGCCGUACAACAACUUCUUCAGUCAGGUCGAUGAGCUCCUGAGCGAGAUCGACCGUGAAUCACAGCGCCAGGCACAGAUUGAGGCGCAUCGCGAGGCACUGCGCGAAGCCUACCGCCAGCGACAGCUUCAACGAAAGCGCGCACUUCGUGCCGAGUUCCAGGUCAACCAGGUUGAGCAGGGGUGGCAGGUAGAUGGCGACUUUCAGGGUUUCAACCAAGACAACAUCAACAUCGAGGUCAUCGAUGAACAGACGCUGAAGAUUGCUGGCAACACUCACUGGCAGUCGGAGAAGUCGCAGCUUCAGUCACAACAGCCUCAGAUCGAAGCUGAGCCUACACCCACCCCCAACGAUGAGCAGUCUACUGCCACGCCCUCGGAGCCAGAAGUCGAGUCUACCACUGAGGCUGACACUACCACAACCGGCGCCGCUACACCAGACAACGACAGCGACACCUCGUCGCACAAGUCAUACCAACCUACUGUUGAGGACGACUUCGAAGACCUUGCCGCUGACUUCCCAUCGUCUCGGCCAUCAUCUCCUACUGAGCCUCGCGAGCCCAAGGGCAAGGAGAAGGCAGUUGAAGAGCCAGCCUCCACUGAGACCGCUGUAGUAACCCAGCCACAGCCUGAGGUACCAGUCCAGCAGCCACAAGAGCAGCCUCAGCAACAAGAACGUGUUCACGGAUCAUUCGAGCGCACCUUCAAGUUCCCUGAACGCAUCGACGCUUCCAAUGUAAGCGCCAGCUUCAAGGACGGUGUCCUCAAGGUUACUGUUCCCAGGGCACAAGCUCCACAAGUCAGGAGGAUCGCUAUCCUAUAG